AGCAGACGUAUUGUGUGACGAAUUAAAUUAAGCCGUAAGUUUUUCAACUAACUGUAAACAAGAUUUUUAUGAUAUGAGUUAAUGUUUAUUCGUUGCUAUAAACUUUAUGAGUGAUACAUCGUACAGAUUUUACAGUAAUAACCGCAAGAUGAAUGGGACUUUGUCAUCGGAGAAUGAGUCCCUCAGGGGAGAUAUGUCUUACCUGUAUGGAAGAGAUCCUAGUAUCUUAGCCUACGGACAACGGCCUUUUCCAUCCCAAGAAUCAAAAAAGAAUUUAAUGUUACUGCUACAGGAGGAAAAAGAAGAUAAUGAAUCAAUUGAAAGUAGAGACAAAGAUUCAACGUGCAAUGAUUCUCUAAUUCAAACAAUUAAAGUGUUUUUGCGAAUGAAACCUUUUCCACGCAAAAUGAAGCUCACUGCAGAACAGACAGAUGCAUAUUCAAUUGUCAAUUCAACUACAUUGUUAACUAAAAUGCCAUCACUUGACAAUAACACUAGUUGUUUGAAAAAAAUAAAGACAAGUGAUGUGGUGUGUAGAAAAUUCAUGUUCACACAGACAUUUGGUCCGGAAACUUCACAACUUAAACUCUUUGAUGAAGCUGUAAAACCUCAAUUGCUUGACUUUUUGGCUGGAAAAAACUCAGUUGUAAUGAGCUAUGGUACAACUAACUCAGGAAAGACGUAUACAUUACAAGGAACAGCUGAAUCUCCAGGCAUCAUUCCUCGUGGUAUAGAAUUUGUUUUUGGCCACCUCAGUCCAAGGACUUUGCCAUGCUUUAAGCCAAUUAACCAUUGUGAUGUAGUUUACUUGAAUAACAAUGAACGCCUUCAAGAGUCCAAUGAAAAAAUCAAAUUAUUAGCCUUUAAUUCAGUAGAUAAAAAUUCUCAUGAAAGAACUUACAAACAAAUGCAGCAUCUGUUACAUGAAGAAUUACCAAUGAGACCCAAUCACAGGCAGGAUGCCCAAUAUUCAGUAUGGAUAUCAUUUGCAGAAAUAUAUAAUGAGACCAUUUAUGACCUACUUUGGAAUGACUGCCAGAAAAAAAGACCAGCACUAAAGUUAGUAACAGAUAAUAAAGGUCGAGCUUUUAUUAAAGGUUUGAAAAGAAUUUGUGUCAGUUCUGGUGCUGAGGCUUAUCAACUUCUGAUGGCAGGACAAUACAACUUGAAAGUAGCUGCUACCGCACUUAAUUCAAGAAGUUCUAGAUCUCACUGUAUAUUCACCAUAAAAUUGUUAAAAUAUACAAAUGAAAACGACCCCCUUUCUGUCGAUGUUAGCACAUUUGCGUUUUGUGAUUUGGCUGGAUCUGAACGCCUAAAAAAGACAUUGAAUGUCGGCGAGCGCUUAAAAGAAGCUCAAAAUAUCAAUACAAGUUUACUUGUAUUAGGAAGAUGUUUGAAACAAAUCUAUGAAUCUCAAGCUUCAAUUAAACAGAAGAAUGAUUCUAUAGGGCCAUUUAGAGAAUCGAAACUAACACGACUGUUUCAACGAGCAUUAUCGGGAAAAGAACAAAUUUCAUUGAUUGUAAAUGUAAAUCCUGUACCCAACUUGUAUGUCGAAACGCAAAACGUACUUAAUUUCUCAGCAAUAGCUAAGAAAAUUGUGAUAGAAAGAAAUCAAGAAGUAAUUAAACGAAAACAUUCCCACUCAAGAUUUUCACGUUUAGUCACACAGAGUAUCAAAACUGAAAUGGAUUGGGAAAAUACAGAACUAGACGAUCAAACUGAUACAUCUGAUGAUCAAACCCAAGAGUCUGACAUAGAUGAGAAUGAUCAAGAAUGUUAUGAAGAAUUGUUAACAGAAAAUGAAUUGUUGAAAAGAGAAAUAAAAGAGUUAAAAACUGCUGCUUUUACGAGAGACAUGCAAACCCGUCAAGAAAUGUCGGAUAUGUAUUCGGAAAUGAUGAAAAAGCUUGAAGCUGAAUGGAAAAAUAGAAUGAUAGAUAUGGAAGAACAGCAAGAAGAUUUACGAGAAUUAGCAGUCGAACAAAUUGAAUUAUUCUACAAAGAAAAGCUUAAUUGUCUUAGUGCUCGAAAAAGAUCUCGACAGUCAGAUGACAAUGAGAAUGAAAGUGAUGAUGAUAGGAAAAUAAUUGAAGAUUUAGAAAUGGAAAAUACUCGACUGGUGGCUAAAAUUGAAACUUUGAAAAAAUCUGUUCGUGAUUUGAAACACAGUAAAGAAGAAAUUGAAACUGAAAAAACGAAGCUUUCUUUCGAAUUAAAUGUGGUCAAGGAUGAAGCAAAACGCACCAAUGAUAUGUUAUUGACGGCGCAAAAUACAAUUAAUUCUGGUGGAGAUGUAUCUGCUAAUUAUAUGAAUGAGUUAAAUGAUAUUAUCAAAAAGAAGGAUGAUAGAAUAAAAACAAUGAAAGUAUUUUUGAAUGAAGCCAAAGAAGAAUACAUUUUCAUUACUAAUCAAGCUCAGAAAAUGGAAAAUCAAUUGAAAGCUCGAGAUGAAGCUCUUGUGGAGCAUACUGAGCAUAUAAGUGAUUUAGAAGAACAAUUAAAUCAAGCUAAUGCGUAUUCCUCUGAACAAAGUAAACUGAUUGAAAAUUUAGAAGAGGAGUUAGAACAACAAACAAAGAAAUGGAUAGAAGCUGAAGAGAAGAUAAAAGUACUCACAGAUAAAUUAUCUACUAAAAACACUUUGAAAUCUGAUGAGGUAGUAAAGGCUCCUGAAAAUGAAUCGACUGAUCAAGAAUUGACCAAUGUAAAGGCACUUCUUGAAGAACUGAAGCUCAGACUCGAAUUUUCUGAAAAUGAAAAUACACAGCUCAAAGAACAAUUAAAUGGAAAAGUGGAUGAAAUUGAAUCACUAAAAAAUAACUUUGAUUUAACGAAAAAUGAGUUAGAUAAAGUAACAAAAAAGGUUAAUGUAUUAUCCAUUGAAGGUUUGGCAGAUGAAAAAGUCAAUGAAAUGGAGGCUCAAGAAAAAAAAGCUCAAACUGAAAUUUUUGAACCCUUAUAUGUCAAAGUUACAGAAACUGCAAAUAUCAGUUGUCAGGCAUCUCAAGAUAUUGUUGAUAUUAGUUGUCAAACCUUAGAAAUUGUAAAUCCCUCUAUUGAAACUGAUGAAAAAGGAUUACAGACAUCGAUACUUCUGGAGCAGAAUGAAAUUAGUAACGCUGUUAAAAUGGAGACGCCUAACAUGGAAGAAUUUAAUGAGUUACAAAAACAUUGUGAAGAAAUGAAGUUAAGUCUAGAAAUAAAAAUAAAUGAUGAAAAACAAUUUGACGAGACAAUACAAAAUUUACAAGUACAAGUCGAGCAACUAAUUAUUCAAGAUCAAGAGAAAACUAAUAAGAUUGCUGUUUUGCAAGCAGAACUGGAAAAUACGUUAAAAAAAUCUAACGAAGAAGUUAGAGAUCUGAAGAUUUUGGUGGAAGCUCAAGAAAAUAGAGCUAAAAACUUAAUGGAUCAAAUUACAGAAGCACAUGUUCGAGAACAAGACAGAGAAGGAGAAAUAUCUAGUUUCCAGAAAGAAGUGAAAAAUUUAAUUCAGUCAUGUGAAAAAAAAGAAGAACAAAUAAGAACUUUGGAAUCCGAAACUAAAACUGUUCUGAAAGAAUGUACCAUGUUGAAAGAACAAUUAACUAAAUCAGAUGAAAAAAGUAGAAAAAUGGAAAAGGAUUACAGGAAUGUAAUUCAUAUUCUUGAAGUUAAAGUUGGUACACUUGAAAAGAAAUAUCUCGAAAAAGAAACUGAAAAUGAAAAAUUGAAGCAAAGUAUUAAAGAUUUAAAGAGAAGUUUGGAUGAAGCUGAACAUGAAUUAAUAGUAUUUACCAGAAAUAGAGAUGAAACAGUUUCAAGAUAUGAAGAUUUACUCAAAGUACAAUGUGAGGAUAUGGAAAACCAAAAAAAAGAGAUUGCGAAAUUACACAAAUUAUUCCAAGAAAGUAAAGAAAAUACUAUAUUUCCGACACCACUGAAAAAUAAAAAGUUGCGAACAAAUGUGAGGGAAGCGAAAAAGUCUAAAGCUGCAGAUUCAGAUGUUAUUGAAAACACUUCAGACGAAGAUCAACACAAAGAAAACUUAAAACUGAAAAAAGAGUUUCUCACACCUACUAAGGACAAUGUGAUGGAGUUAUCAGAUACUGCUUCUGAAUCAAAGAGUCAUAAGUCAGCACAAAGUGCUACUAAAGGUCCCUCAAAGUCUACAAAGAAAUCGAGAAGGAAAUUACAUAUUGAACAUGAUGAAGAGUACAUUGAUUUAGAACCCAGUGAGCCUUCACCUGUUCAACCAAGAAGUUUACGUAAUCGGCGAAAAUAGGGAUAUUUAGUUGAAAUUCAUGUAAGACUCGAAGAAGAUAUGUAUUUAGUUUUCUAUUUUAUAUUAUCAAAAAUAUUUUUGUAGUUUGUAAAUAAUUGAAUACGAUUAAACAAUUUUUUAAAGAAAAUCAUUAUUAUCAUAAUAUGUUAGUAUAUGUUUAUACAUUCAAAAGGUUGAUUAUUAAUGUACUAUUUUGGAUGCAUGAAGUAAACCUUCAAAUUUAGUUCAUUAUGUUACUCUUUAGUAUUAUUAAAUAAUAAUAUUUAAUCUACUAAUUAAAGUAAGAUUUUUAAGUAACAUGACAUAUUCUUACGAUUUAAUAUUCCUUACACACAACAAUAAGUAUUGAUGUAAAAAUGCAAACUUAAUGUAGUACAAGUACGUGUAGUAGCUAGUGUAGUUCAAGUACUAGCCAUUGAAUGGAUUGAAUAUAACAAUCAUCAUAGAUCAAUAAAAAUUAUUUAAUUUAAAACAUAUAUUUAUGAGUGCUAUUAUCUUUAUGAAGAAAAAUGAAUAGAGGAUUUCAUUUCGGUGUGCGAAUCAGACGAAUUAAACCGAACCUUUUUGGCUAAAAAUUAAUUAAAGAGCAUGUUGAUACAAGCACCACUGAAAAAAGUUUCGUGUGCAUUGUUCUCAAACACAUUGCAAGCCUCCGUCGCUGAUUAGCACUGAUGGAGCAUAAAUAGAGCGACGUUAAAUAAAAAAAAAAAAAAAUUAAAGAACAUGUAGUUUCGCGACGGGAAUCGUAUUGAAAUAUAUGUGAGAAUUUCGAUGGAUAGAUUUUCAAAUCUACAUGAAAAUCUGUAUUAUUACAGAUUCUGGUUAUAAUUAACAUUAAGUUACUGUCAAAUUAAUAAUUUUUAAAUGAUAGUAGAAGUUCUAUUAUAAUAUACUACUCGAUCUCUUCUGAAAAAGAGCAACUGUAUUGCUAGGCAGUUUAUUAAUAACUUCAUUUUACAAGGAUUUGAUUUUUUUCUAGUUAGUCGUAUUGAUAAUUUGAUAUUGAUAACACGUUGUGAAAGUGUUUGAGUUACGUUAAUAAACUCCUCUUCCUGCUUCAUCUAUAAAUCAUAAUUGUGUUUAUUGUUGUGAGAAUAUCAGAAUAUUAUAAUAUUAAUAAUUUUUAUUUCUACGAAACUAAAUGAAAUAUGUAUGGUACAUUAUUAUGAAUUAAAUGUGCGUUCUGUGUAUAAUAGAAAAGAGAUUUAAUGAAAAUCAAGUAAAACUGAAAAACCAUGAUAAUUUAAGUGAAAAAAAUGUCAACGUAUAUAUUUAUAUUAAAAUGUGAAUUUAUGCGGCAUCGUUCUUAAAAAUUUCCUUUACAUUAAAACGAUUUGUUUUUCUUGAAAACUCUCCGCCCACCGAUUGUUCUUUCAAUAUAAGCCCUUGUGAUUUUAUAGCCUAAAAUUAUUUUAAUAAAUAGAAGUAUAAAACAUAUUUUUUUCACGACGCGCACUUAUAAAUUUACAUUUAUAGAGAAAAAUAUAAGUCGACGUUACUCCAUCGUUUCUAAUAAAAAUUA